AUGCAGGGCCUUGGCCUCUGUUUCCUUCUCUGCGUCUCCGCAGCGCUGGGGGAGUUGUCUGCAGUGGAGGACCUAAGCAGUCCUGGUUUCGACACAAUUGUCUUUGUUAACAACUUGACGGGAAGUGAGACCGGCGAAUUCGACUCAAUUGUGAAAGCGCUGAAUUCGUACUCACAGGUGAGUCCCUCAAGUAAUUUUUGUAACAGCAUAGGCUGAUGCCAACAUAUAAAACCUUAGCAGACUUACUGUAAACAAAGCUAUAUACGCCACGCUGUGUCUAUGGAAGUAAGUUUUCUUGCUUAAGAAAUGUUCGCAGGAUUACUCAGUCCUAACUGCUACUAUUGCUCUGACUGAUGAGUGUGACUACAUCGGAAACUAUUUGACAUCGGGACACCCACCCCUUCUCUUAGGGGCUUAUGAUGACGGCUAUUAUGUCAGAACCGAGCACACCAGUUUCCAACAUCUCUGUCGACUUUGUCCUCCUACUAUUCCCCGCCCAUAUGUUACUCCUUGCGAGCGCUCUAGACUGCAGCUGCGAGACUCCAUUGAGCAUCAUAUUGAGUUAAUCGGGCAUCUUUAUUUUUUUUACGUGAAAGUUACACCAUGCUAACAGCACAGGUACUAGCCAAAAACCCAUACACGCAUGUUUUGCCGAUAUUCUGCCGUCGAAUGACACAGCUGCGAGAGGUUCGGUUCAUCAGUGGGACUUCCAGCAUUCCCCGUCUCUUUUCUGGUAGAUACCCCAAUUUGGAAAUUGUCGUUUUUUAAUUUCCUGAGAAAUUUACUACGAACUGGGAGUAGAUCAGUUUAUUCAGUGUCUGUAGGCUCAUACGGAGCCGAACCCCUCCAAGCUGCGCCAUGCAGCGGCAGAAUAUCGGCGAAACACGCGUGUAUGGCCUAUUGGCUAGUAGCUGUGCUGUUAGUAUGGUAUCACCUUAUCCUAAAAUAUACUACUAGUUGCCUCCCGGCGGUUAAUGAAUAUCACGCGGUUAACCGCUGUAGUUGAUGGACUCCGGUCCAAAUAUUCAUACAUAAAAUUUUCGGUCUGAGCCUAUAGGUCUUGAAUAAACCGAUCUACCCCAAGCUAGCAGUUAAUUUCGGAGGAAAUUGAAAAACGACAGCAUUUUUAUUUGAUGAAAAAACGCGAAACUAUUAAUAAAGACACAAGACGCCCCACAUAAACGGAGACCCAAACCCCCCUGUCCCAGGACGAUUGAAUGAGCUAGGUCAUUUCGAAGUGUUCUGCCAAAAUUUUUUGCAGUAUACUAACGGUUUGUACGCUCGCUGUGACCCUGUGUUUCCCCUUCUUGCCUAUGAGGCAUCCUGGCUCAAUUUCAACGCUGUUGUGCACAACAUACACACACUGGAAGAAAUUAACAGCUACCAUAUUUUGUCGUACUGUGGUGCUGCAGGUAGGAUCUGCUUUCGGACGAUCACGAGGCCUGGCGAUGACAGAAUCCGAUGAGUGGCAUCCAGUUCUCCCUUAAAACCUUUGCCUUUCCAAUUUCUGGUACAUGCAUGCUAGACCAUUUCUCAUCCGCCCAUUUUCUAAAAGAGGCCUGGUGGUGUAAAAACGGGGGUUUCGGGCAGACCGCAGAUCCUUCUCAUGUCAUGGAUUAUGACGCCAACUACUUAUUUGGCUGUAAGUAGUGGUGCACGAUAAUGUUUUUAGAUCGGGUAAGACGCAUUGCGAUAGACUGAGGGCUCAACCCGAUAAAAUGAAGUAGAUUCCAUGCACUUUUAUGGAUGUCCGCACGUAAAACUGUACCAGGCACUUCGUCGAAAUCCACCAAUUUCUGAUGGGAAGACCACUAGCCAAUCCACCUUUCGAAACUGAAAUUACUGCCAUUAAGCACACGCAUAAUCCCAAAGAAGAGUGCGCACUGUCAGGUUAGUGCAUGUCAAAAGUUACUUUUUGCAUCAGAUGUGCAUAAAUUUCCCCAAAAUGUCCAUUAGAACGCGGGGGGGGAUAAACACAGUUGAGACCGGAAGAUCAAUAACGUUCCAUCGUUAGUCUGAGCCCCUUUGGAAUGGUUCAACUGCCGAGCUGAUGCUUACUGUGUCCCCGCUAGGAAUACGACAGUGUGACUUUCCGUUUUAGACUCUGAAAGGCAACACAACAACCGCUGUGUGGGUUGGAUAUGACUAGCUGAUGACAGCCAGUAAGCCAGAAAUGACCAUUCCAGUCUCCCUCGUCUUUGGCGGGCUAACUCAUGAAGUCUCAACAGAAAUUCCGAAAUGCGUUUCCGCUUCGAAAAGAUAAAUUAAAUAGGCCUGUAAAAGCCAAUAUCAUGCAGCAUAAUUCGAUAAUAAUUCAGUUACCCCAGGACGCCGGCUUACGAACAAACGUCUUUCCGGUUGCAUCUAAAAUCACACUCGGUAAAAAUCGACCAGCUACGUAACAUGCAUUUUUACCAUUAAUUUUCGAUGACUAUAAAUUUCAAUUUUAUUUUAUAGGAAACAUGCAUAAGGUAUUUAUCCUUCUACUCAUUCGGUAGAAAAUUACAUCUACCAAUUUUAUACUCCAAGGAAGGGUAUAAUUCGGUUUUCAAAACUUUUCCAAUCCCAAAUAAUUUUGAACCCGCUGAACCGUUACGCUUGGAUUCAGGGUUUUGAAACUACCAGCCGUAUAUUUUCCGCGUACGCAAAACUACACAUUUCUGUACGGUAAUAAAGGGGGACUAUAUAGGGUUCAUAAAAUUUAGCAGUGGAUUUGAUCCAUAUCGGUAACUUUACAAGCCACAUUGGUAACUGCAGAGACAUGACGAUUUAUGAACGGUCAUUUCACGGUAUUUAAAAGUCCCACAAUUAGAAACUUCUUUAACACCAUAUUAUAUCCUCCUUCGAGUAUAAAAUUGGAAGACGUAAUUAUCUACCGAAUGAACUAUAGGAGAAGUAUUUUUAUCCAUGUUUUCCAUGAAAUAUAAUUGGACAUUUAGGGGUAUCGAAAACCAAUGAGAAAAAUUCAUGCUACAUAUAUUGUCAUUUUUUACAAAGCCUAGUUUUUGCAUGCAGCCGGAAGGCAGUCCAUUAAAAAGCCGACAUCCUGAUGUAACUGAAAUAUUAUAUUGCAGACAAACUAGUUUUACAACCCUACCUACUUUAUUUUUUAGAAACGAAAACGCAUUUCGGAAUUUCGGUUGACAUUUCAUGAGCUAGUCCACCUACUGCAGGACUUAUAGGCCGCAUGAUGAUGGAGUAGGCACUGGGUACCAAGCCUCAUAUGUGAGACGUUCUGUCCUUAUGGUGCCCUGGUCUAAGACUAUUCCUCUUUGGAUGCCAAAAUUGUGGCUAGUUUCUCCGAUGUGGGCCGCAAGCUGUGAGCUUGGGUCUCGUCUCCGAGUUUCCAGUUUUGGCUCAUGUAGGUGGGUCUGAAAUUUCCGUCCGGUUUCACCAACAUAGGGUCAAGCUCCAUCGCUAUAACCGUAUUUGAUAGACAACUACUGAGGUAUCAGUGGGCGGCAGUAUGUCUUUGGGUUGCAUCAAACGGCGGCGAAUUGUUGCCGGGGGGUCGAUGUGCAAUGCCUACCCUGGCGAGUUGUAGCAGACGCGAAACUGCCUCGGAGGCUCCGUUCAUGUAAGGAAUAGCCCUCCAGACUUCGGGUUGCUCUUCUUGUAGCCCUCAUCUGUCCACCCGACGCUUGCUUUUCUUGAUAAAGUAGCUUUUGUAUCCAUUGGCUCGAAAGAGAUCGUAAAGACAUUGUUGUUCAACUCUUUUGUCAGCUAUUGUGCUGCAGUGUGUUCCAACUCUUUAGAAUUGAGUACGGACAUAGCUGGUUUGUGAGGAAGGGGGUGAUUGCCGUUCCAAUGUAGUGUUUGUCUUGUGUUAGUAGCUUUCUGAAAAUGGUAGUUUGCAACUGUUCAAUUGCACACCGACGCACAAGGACAUCGAGGAAGGGUUGUUUUUUCAGCUUCCAUCGUGAAUUGGAUAUUCCGAUCAACCGAGUUCAGUAAUUCUUUAAGGUGGUCCACUUAAGAUGAUUUGACAAUGGUAAAUUGUCAUCGAUGUAACGAGCCCAGAACUUUGGUUGGUAUUUUGUGAACACCAAGUGUUCUACCCGUUGAAGAACCACUUCGGCAAUCAGCCCUGAUAUGGGCGAGCCCAUAGGGGAGCCUUUGCUGUGUUCAUACAUUUGUCCACCAAAGGUGAAAUAUGUAUUUGGGCAAUACUGUAAGAGCUCCGUGAAAUGUUCAGUCUUUACGGGUUGUCUCUCUCGUCGUAGCUGUCAGCCGGAAGUUGUCUCACAACCUCAAUCGCUGGGUGUUGCGGAAUGGAGUUGAAGAGUGAAACGACAUCGAAAAAUAACAUGGAUUCAUCUGGCUCUAGUUUUAGAUGUUUCAAACUUUCAAGGAACUGAUUAGCAGAAGCCACUAUUGUUGGCAAACCCUCUGCCAGGAACUUAAGAUGAACGAACAUCCAUUUUGUCAAACCGUACGUUGGAUUGCCAUGUAUGGAUACGAUGGUUCUAGACUGUUUACUAACCUGAUAUUUAAGUUUCGGAACUUCGAGCCCGGGAUUCGUAAACCCUUAUUUCGUCCGCUAAAGCCGUCCACAGUUAACCAUCUGCAUCUGAUGCACUAUGAUGCAUGCAACAGUCGAAAUACAUGUUUUUUCGUGCACGCUACCGGGGCCCAAAUAUGCACAAAGAAUGGCCGAUUUUCACUUCCGACAAAACAAAUUAGCUUGCCAGAACCGAAACCACGAUGAUGAAAGGCCUCUAAGAAUGUGAAAGUCCAAUGAACGAAGAGGAACGACUUUCGUGCUCGGUGUAUCAUUCGUGUUCUUCACAACAGCGCUAAGUGAAUUCUUCAAAUGUGAAACAACGUCAAUUGAUUAAGUAAGCCUGGCAGUCAUCUGAAGGAUAUUAGAUUAAUUCAGAUUGACCCAACUGUGAAAAACACGGCGUCUCGGGGGGAUUCGAACCCACGCAGUAGGGGGGAAGCUUUAGUACAGCAAACGCUCUAACCACCUGAGCUACGGGGCCCCGCCGGACGACGCGAGUUUAAUCACAUUUGGAUCAAGUUACCAGCCCAACCUACUGCAACGUCCGGAUUUAUUGCUUGAGAAUGUCUGACUUGGCUGUCAGUUUACUGUAUCGGUGGAUUUCACACGCUGCCGUUGGCUGACUUGGCCUAAACGUGAUCAAACCCACGGCUCACGGUGGUGCCUUAGAGCUCCGAUGGUUUGACUCUUGGCUGUACUCAAGUCUUGCCUUUGAUGUCGUGGGCUCGAUUCCACUGAGGCCGCCGAGGUUUUGCACAAGAGGGCCAAAUGCGUUCUCCCAAUCUGUCUAAAGCGUUAGUCAAUCAAUCUGUUUUUCCUUUGUGCAACUUCAAAGGCACGAAAUUCGCAGAUCGACUGAAAGCCUUCUCAGAGAGUACUUCGGCCUGAUGGGCACAGUAAUGCCAGUCUACUUAAUUAUUUUGAGUUGGAGGGAUUACGUUGGCAUUGUGUUGUUGUGUUUUAUGGUGUUCUGUUGGCGGCCUCGUUUGUUUUUUGCUGUGUCUACCUUCUUCUGCCCAAUGCCGGUAGUCCUUCUUGGCUUUCAGCCUGUCGUCUCCUUCUAACUUUCGCGUUGGACGAUUUGGGAUAAGGGUUUAGGGCUGCGGUUAAGGACUGGGGUCAGGGUUAGGAUUAGAAAUAGGAGGUAGGGCUUAGAGUUAGGGAUUAGGGCUGGGGUAAGGGGUCAAGGUCAGAGGUUAUGGCUAGGGGGUGGGGCAAAGAGGUAGGGUCAGAUUUAGGGAUUAAAGUUAGUAGUUACGCUUAGUGGUCAGGGUUAGUGGUUAGGACAACAAUUUCUCAACCUCUCCAAAUACAACCGCGCAUUUCCAAUAGCUUUUAUUUUGCAUACCGUUACCCGACCUCGUCAUCUGUUCGUUCCCCGGUCCUAACUGCAAAAACCCCUAUUACCGCCGGUCCCGUAUUACGGGUGGCUGGGGUUUGUUUGCCUUAGGUGCGGCUACAUAACCGCAUCUGACCGGUAAUACUUUACAAGUGGUAGUUACUUGUCCGGCUUUGAAGCUGGAAAAGAAUCAGAGUCAAGUGUUUUAUAAACAGAGCUAUAGCGGGGGAAGUUUCGAGUACGACCAGCAGCCCAGAUUUGUGCGGUUACACUCAAUGUUUUUUCAUUCAAAAGACUGUGAUCGAAUCAAAUUUAUAUAAGUUCCCUGCAACUGGUUUUAACGUAUCGCCCGGUUAAAUGCUGCAUUUUAGUCUCGCUGACACCAUGGCAUUGAUCGCGUUACUUAUGUGAUUGAAACCUAAACAUCACAACGCGCAAAGAGGGUGCAAUGAAUGGCACUUUUUGAUACUUCUUGACAGCUUGAACUGAGCGAGCGUAAACACUCUAGAUACUGCCACGUGUAACCAUGUUUAUCCUUGACGACUGUGCCUAUCAGGGACCAAUUAGAUGAGUUAUUUAUUACGGAAAAAGUUUUCGAGCCUGACGUUUGCAUCAGUCUACAUUUUUUUCAUCGUUCGUUUUAGGUGCACCCCCUGGCAUUUAGGGAAAUAUGUGUUGUGCCCUUUCCAGGAAAUCCCAGCAAAAGGAUUGUAAGUUCCUGAGGCCCCUUUGUCUCACAUAUUUACCUUCGAACCUACCCACUGUCCUUUUAGGCGAGUUCUGGUUUCGUUUAUAAAGAGUCGGAAUUGUCGUCAUUACCUAUUCACCUGAUUGAAGACAUUAGAAAGCACGGUAGCUAUUAAAACCUCCCACUCCUUUCCGAAUCUUUAACUGACCUCCAAGAAUGAUCCCACGCAUGUGCUAUUUUCAAGCACGCAGCAAAACUGCCAGAUGACUGCUUUGAACUGUCCGGGCAUUGGUCGAAUCAGGUGCAUUACGUAGAUUUGUCAUGAAGUUAGUCAAUGUGGCCUGUUUCGCGGUUGAUCCCGAAUAGAAACCAACAUUAAACCAUCUGGGCACAUCAAAUAACGCGAAUUAGAAUCUGACUGUGAAGCACCCUGAAUAUCCCUUAUGGAAAAGCUGGACAAUUUGAAAAUCCCAAAGGCCAUCUCAGCUAAAACAAACCGUUGGCAUGAGAUCAUGCGGCCACUAGAACAGUUUACAAAUUAAAGUCUCUCCUGUGUACGGAGACCGCAAGGAUUUUGAAUGUUUCGUUUUUUCCCAAACACAGAUAAACGCGCCAACAGGCGCAUUGGACAGAGACUACGAUGACAGUCGCCGGAUUUACGAAGCUGCAAAGGGAGGCAUAAAGAAGUGAGUCUCCGUUAUCUACUUAGGUAUCAUGCCAGCCGCUGACUGAACCUUAAAACUGAUGUGACUCUUUGACCAUCCUUCCGUUUCAUCUGUGCUUGUGCAGUUGGAAUAUGGUGCUCGGACGUAGAUGACAACAACCCUUUAAAGGCGUGAAAUAGGCACCGGAGCAUCCGCGUUCCCUAAUGACAGCCCGGUGUCAGGUUAUAAAGAUUUUCUGCUCUAUUUACAGUCUCUCCUAACAGUUGAUGAUAGUUUUGGUGAACCUUUCGCAGGAAACUGCUACCUACCAAGUCCAUUUUAGAUAUUCUCUAGUCUGAACGAAGGAUAUCUACCGUACGCCGGCUGCGCGGCCAGAAAUUUAACUAUCGGACGUAUCUUUUCCUCCUUACGAUGUGAAGGGAAUGAUUAGGGCUGCCGCGAAAUGUCAUCAUUAAUUUAUUAGACUAGCAGGAGUGUGAUGUAAAAAAUACAGAAAAUGUUUUUACUGAUGUUUGUCAGUAGUUCUUUCAUAUUAUUAUAAAAUGUGCUCUCCAACUAGUAGAAAGCGGUUCACGGAGUUAAUGCACGACACCUUACAAUAUUCGGGGUACAUGAGGUUGGUCCGACUGGUUUGGGGCAGUCUAGCACUGACUUUUCAAUAAAACUCCUAGAUCGAAACACGAGGAUAAAAUAUAAACUAGCGAUUAGCAAGAGAAUACAAUGGAGUGGGAUUUAGCGUUAACUUUGGGUGUUCAGCAAGAAAAGUAUCAUCAGCCUGUACUUCGAUUUUCCUCCUAUAGUCUCAACAUCGGAGUAAAAAUCUUCGCAUGCUUUAAAACGUAAAACGAUGGCAUGCAACAGACUGUUUCACACUUUCGCCAGUCUACCAACGUGCGGCGGCGGCGAUGGCGGCGACUGCAUUUUUUUUGUAUCUGAGAUUGCUGGAAGGGUAACUACUGGCCGUCUAGUGCAUCUACAGGUGGAUGUUAGCUGCAAAAUUAGCAAGCUCUCGGGCCGGAAAAAUAGGCAAUCGAGGAUCAGAAACGACAGUACUGUUAGGCUGCAGGAGCUGAUGUCUGGUCGAACUUAUAAAAUGCCGUACAGUCCCGUGACGGGCGUAGAUAACAGCAGCUGUGUAAAGGUGUUGAAGGGGUGUCCGACCACCUAAAGGCAGUGAGGGGUUCGGGUUAGGUUGUGACCGCUGUCUGUAUUUCAAACACGCGUAGUGCGUGUGACCGUUCUCAGGUUGCUGGGGUGACGUAUGAUCACCACUUGGAGAUGACCAGGGAAGACAGACUGUCUCAGUCAGCUCCUUCUGGUAACAGAGCGCAGGACUCCCUAAUCGAGUUGCCACCGCUCGGCUGCUGCAAGCACUAGCCCGACGCCAAAGAGACCUUUGCAGUUUCCUACAGGGAGCCUGUACAUUACUUUAAAGGCCUACGCAAACGGGCUCUAGCAACAGCCGAGGCGGUGGCUAUUCGAUUAGCGAACCCAACGUCUCGGACAAAAAAUAUGAGCGGCUGUUGGGGCCCGGCUAUGCUAAAAAUCCUCAAUAAUCCUUAUGAGUGAGUUUGACUAGACCAGGCACGAUCGCAGCUGUACGAAGCAUACAACGUAACGUUUGGUUAGACUCAGCACGGUUGGCUUGCGAUCUUAAAAGCGGCAGUCCGACCGCCCUUCGCGACGAUGCUUAUCAGGUGUUCCACUGCAGGUCGAGCGCAAGGACGGUGACUUGUGUGUGAUUGUGUGUUGCGUGUGUGUGUGUGACGUGUGUGUGAGUGGUAGUAGACUUGCACAGAAUCUACUGCACCAUCACCUUCCUCAUCCGUCUGGGCCCCGUGUCAUCACAGAGCCAAGAAGACCGGGGAGAGGGUCAGAUGCCAUGACUUACACAGCCAAACAGUCCGACUGCAUCGCAGGGUUGCACAUGGCCGACUUAGGAAUAACUGGUUUCAUCCUCUUUGGCGCCAAAACACCACACGUGUACCUCAAAGACGCCCUUCCAGAAUACGCACAUUUCAGCUCUGUGCAGGCAGUGAUUUUCUGUGGGUGUCACUAAAGAUACAUUUGCAUAAGAAUGCCUAUAGAACAUUUUAAAUUUGCGUUGUGCAUAGCUCAAAUUUCAUGAGAAGUGACCGAUAGGAUGUUAUAGGUAACUACCUUUGUGCGAAUAGGGUGGCAGUGCGAAGUACUACUGAUUAAAAUACAAGGUCUAAAAUAAUUGUUACUUAAAUACAACGAGUACGAUAAUAUUUUUCCUUAUAAAUACUUUACUGUCAAUGUGCCGCUUGUUCAACUUUUCUGCCUGUCUUUAAGCGACGGUAACGUGAUGGUGGGCUGCGGCCGCCUCAUACUUCAUUCAAAUUAGGAAAUUGACAGUUCACACGUCUGUGUCCUCAGUUAACGCUCUCAUUUAUGGAAGGGCACGCUUCCUUCUCUCUGCUGCUGCUGCCGCUGAUUGCUCUAAAGGACUUCUCUGAUUGGUUUGUCAGGGCAAUUGAGUUGGGAUUCAGAUCCCCACUGCUGGUUCUUGGGCCGCUUACGUCCGCACCCGCCGACGCCGUGUGGAUGGAGGGAAUCUUCCCGCAACUAAACGCGAUCAUGGGCGCUCUGUCUGCUCUUUACACGGUUGGUCAAUCGACUUCGACUCUUGUUUUCACGUAUUCUUAUAGUCCCCUGUCUGAGUAGAAGUGCAGUGAUCCCUCCUCGACCGCGGAGGUUGCGUUCCAGAAUUUGAAGUCUGCAAAACAAAAAAACAUGCAUUCGUGGUUAUUUUUACAUAUUUAAAGCUCUUACAAACCCUGCCACCUUCUAGUAAACAUUUCUCACACGGCUAUCCAACCUAAAGCCUUUUAUAUUCUCCUAGACAUUAGGCAAGAUUCGUACGGAUGUGGGACUUAGGCCCGUAAUCUGACUGGAUGGGUUCUUUGUCAUCAGUAGCUAGCGCCCUGUGCAAGAAAUCAACUGAACAAAUCAGCGGAGGAAGCAUGCACUAGAAAUAAAAAGGUCCAUUAUCCGCAAAAAAACUGCAAACAAGCGGAAAACCCGCGAUAUAUAUGUUUAGAUAUGCGUGCAUGUGAAAUCCUCGAUAGAAUAAAACCGCGAGACUCGAAGCGCGAUAAGGCAAGGGACUAGCCAACUGCUCGGACAUCCUUCCGAAGGCUUAUAUCUAACGUACCUGGUUGUUUUUUAUUCAGCUUUCAACGCUAAUAGAAGCAAACAGGUGGGUUCCUGUAGGCAGUUCAGAAGAAGAUUAUGCGAUCGCUGGAGCAAGAAAUUUAUCGGCCUGACGUUUCGAAUCCUCACUCGGGCACAUCUUCAGAGACCGUCGCGGAUAAGGGAAGAGGAGAUACAGGGAUUGGUGCAUUUAUAGUAGGUGGCUUCCGGGGGACCCCAUACAUACUAUAAUUAACAGCUCUCGUGAUCACCUCGGGGGGGUAGUAAUUGAUGCAAUGAUGGCCCUUCAGUCCGCGUCUGAGUUCUUAAUGGCCGCGAUUGCACCAUCCAUGUUCGAUUUUGGCAUGAUGAUUACUCGGCAAUUUGCCUCGCUGUUACUUUAAUGGUUGUUCGCCCGCGCCCUCCCCACAAGAUUGAUUUCCUUGCUCAGGGAAGCCUCAGUACCUAGUAUGGAAACGGGAGGUCAUCGCGUUUUCUGGCGGACCAUGACUCGAGCAGCUCGCAACUCAUGCGGUCGUCACCUCUGGCGGGGCUAUUAACGACUCGAGCGCGGACUGACAAACCAUCAUCGCACCAACUACGACCCCCAGCGGUGAUCGCGAGUUGUUAAUUACAGUACGCACAUGGUCCCACGGCAGCCACGUACCAUAAAUACUGCAAUCUUAUUGACUCCACCAUCCUUAUCUGUGAUUGUCUCUGAAGAUGCGUUUGAGUGAGAACCCGUAACGUCAGGCCAAUAAAAUUCUUGUUCCCGUGAUCGCAUCUUGUUCUUAAAGGUUAAUCUUAUUGGCUUUCAAUAAAAAGUUUUAUGUCUACUUCCAGUCAGUAGGUUGAGUAAUGUGCUUAGCAAAUAGUACACUGUCAAAAGAGAAACGGGUGUCAGUUUGAAACCCGACAAAUUGUUCUAGCCCUCAGCGUAUAGGGCACUAGACUAGCGCAACCCGCGCGCCAUAUACUGAGCGUAAGAGCUUCUGCCGAGUCUAACUGUUUGCAAAAAAUAUGUAUUCUACAGGAGUUCUCCGGCAGCGCUGUAACUAUUAUGAAAAUUCUUUGCAAUCUAAUAGUUCACACUGAAGCCAAACCUAACGCGCAGUCUUUUCCAUUAGGAACUUGCGAGUAAACAGUUAAUUCCCAGAUGCAUAUUUUCUAUAGAAUAUAGGGAGAUUUGUCUCCAGCAGGGAUUUUCAGCGGAUCGGUUCGAUGGCUACGCUGUAUGGACGUUUGUUUUACAACUUGGACUAUGACCUCUAGGAAGUCAGACAUUUUAGCGAAAGAAUCAUAGAUUUAGUAGUUGGAAUUGUUCGAAGUUCAUGGUACGAAUAAACGCAGGCAACUUCGGAGGAAUUCCCCAGAAGUCCUAGUUCAAUAGGCGUUCUCCUCCGGGAGGCUUAUCCAUCUUGACAUUGAAUCUACAAAUUAGUUCGGCUUCUAUUCCAAGCUUCUGUGGCCUUGCGUGGUGCAGAGAUCGCUUUUGAACAGGCAAGAAUACCAUGAAGUAUCUUAUCAAUUUACCCUGGUUUUCCAAAAGCUUUGAAUUAGUUCCUACACGUACAGUGCUUGACCGAUAUUGUGAAUUGUUAACCGAAAUUGUGAAUUGCGUUUUCGGUUAGCAGGGAUUACUUAGGUAAGUUUGUAAGAUUGAUUAGCAUGCAGCGUAAUACUAUAGCAUUUUGGACUCACCAGGAUGUCGACUUUUGGAUGCACUUUCUUUCGAUCUCCUUCAGAAACCGCACUGUAAAAAAAUAACUACUUAUGUAGCAUGCAUUUUUCCUAUUGAUUUUCGAUGGACUUUUAAAUUCAAAUAUAUUUUAUGGAAAACAUGCAAAAAAUAUGCUUUCUUUUACUUAUUUGAAAGAAAAUCACAUUGUCUUCAUAUUUCGCAUCCGAAGAAAGUGUAUAUUUAGGUUUUAAUAAAAUUUCUUAUUAUGACAUUUUUAAGACCGUGCGAUGUCCAUGCAUAUAGGAUCGCGCAUGUCCGUUUACGAAUGCUGCUCAUGAAAUGCACAACGUAGUCCGCCUCCAUUGCAAGGAUUAAUGAACCCUAUAUGGCACCUUCUUGAAGUCAUAUAGGAAUAUGUUAUUUUCCUUACGUAGAAAGCAUGUAAAUUGAAGACUGGAGUCGCUAAACGCUACCACAUUGGCAGAUCAGGCGCAAAAUUAUUCGAGAAUCGGGGAACUUUUUUGAAGCCUUAAUAUACACUUUAUUCGGAUGCGAAAUAUGAAGACUAUGUGAUUUUCUUUCAAAUCAGUAAAAGGAAAUAUAUUUUGGGCAUGUUUUCCAUAAAAUAUAUUUAAAUGAAGAAGACUAUCGAAAAUCAAUAGGAAAAAUACAUGCUACAUAAGUGGUUAUUUUUUUCAGAGUGUGGUUUCUGCAGGAGAUCGAAAAGAAGUGCAUCGAAAAGUCGACAUCCUUGUGACUCCAAAAUGUUAUAGUAUUACGCUGCAUGCUAAUCAAUUUUACAACCCAUUUACUUACUUUGCUUACGCACGGUCAUCGGCAUUUCCUUUGAACCGAUCUAGCCCCUGGAAAUAAGGGAGGCCUUUCCAGAGAGAACUGCGAAGUACGACAAAUUAGGAAUUUACAAGCCCGGCAACGAAGUUCUCAGGGUUGCCUGGGCAAUGGAGGAGGGACGCCGGGUGGCGCGUGAUAUCUGCGGAUCCGAUCCUGAACGAAUGUCCGCCUACCGAAUCGUCGAGUACCUCGAGCAGGUGUUUGCAAAUGACAGUCAGGUCACCAUGAAGGCCGAGCGCGUUGAUCCGGUGAAGUAUCCAUUCUGUGCAGCAGUCAACAGGGCUGCAAAAGGUUUGUUUGUUUGCACUGAUGGAAUUCCACUUUUAUGAUAUUUGCAUUUUUGCCAAUGACAUUCUUAAUUUGUGGUUAUCUGCGACUUUUAAAAUAGUGGGGUUGGGAAUAUCUGAAAAUAUCCCUUCUGCGCAGCAGUCAACAGGGCUGCAAAAGGUUGCUUUGGUAACAUUCCACAUUUAACAUGUCCAUACCAUUGAGGACGACAUCCUGGAUUUCCGCCUACCCACAGUUCUUAGCAUAGUGCCUUACAGAUUUGCAGUACUUUCAGUCACAGCAUUAGUUUGAGAUUAGCUCAUGACUCUCUUCCUCUGACUAACCGUAUGCCUAAUUUUCAUAAGAUUUAUGGUACUUUGACGGAAAAUUAAAUACCCAAUGGCAUAGAAAAUGGGGGGUCAAUGCCCAGAUCUGUCCUUGAAGUCUCUUUUUUGCCCUUGCAGAUGACAGUGAAUAAAUAAAGUAGAUGUGCUUACUCAUGAAAUGUCAACCAAAAUUUCGAAAUGCGUUCUCGUUUCCAAAAGAUAAAUUAAGUAGUGUUGUAAAACUAAUCAAGAUGCAGCAUAAAUCUAUGAUGAUCCAGUUACUUCAGGGAGUCGGCUUUCGAAAGAACUUAUUUUCGGCUGCAUGCAAGAUCUACAUUCUGCAAAAAAUGACUACUUAAUUGGCAUGCAAUUUUCUCAUUGAUUUUCGAUGCCCUUGAAACUUUAAUUAUGUUUAGUGAAAAGCAUGCAUAAAAUAUUCAUUCUUUUACUUAUUUAGUAGAAAAUCACGUCUUCUUCCAAUUUCAUACUCAAAAGAAGAGUAUAAUUCGGUUUUAAAAAAGUUUCUAAUUGUGAAAUUUUUAAUACCGUUAAAUGACCGUUCAUGAAACGUCAUGUAUCUGCAUUUACGAAUGUGGCUUGGAAAGUUAACAAUAUUGCUCAAAUCCACUGCUUAAUUUUAUGAACCUCAUAUGGUUUCCUCUUAACACCGUAGAGAAAUGCAUGGUUUUCCGUACACGGAAAAUAUACAGCUUGUAGUUUUGAAACCCUGAAUGCAUGUGUAACAGCAGGUCGGGUUCAAAAUUAUUCAAGAAUUAGAAAAGUUUCCUAAAACCGAAUUAUACUCUUCUUUUGAGUAUGAAAUUGGAGGAAGACGUGAUUUUCUACUAAAUAAGUAAAAGAAUGAAUAUUUUAUGCAUGCUUUUCAUUAAACAUAAUUAAAGUUUCAAGGGCAUCGAAAAUCAAUGAGAAAAUUGCAUGCCAAUUAAGUAGUCAUUUUUUGCAGAGUAUAGAUCUUGCAUGCAGCCGAAAAUAAGUUCUUUCGAAAGCCGACUCCCUGAAGUAACUGGAUCAUCAUAGAUUUAUGCUGCAUCUUGACUAGUUUUACAACACUAGUUAAUUUAUCUUUUCAAAAUUAGAACGCAUUUCGAAAUUUUGGUUGAGAUUUCAGGAGUUAGCACAUCUACUGUACAUCUUGGACAAACUGUUCAGGUUCGGACAUAGUCUUGCUCAUUCCCAGACAGCGGACCUUUAUUGGAAAGCAUCUCUUAUGGUUUCCACUUUAAAGCUAAUUCAGUACGGGUGACGGACUACAGCAACACCCGAUAUACAGUCAGUAUUCAACGGCAUACACGAGUUUGAGGGCCGCUGUUCGGGUGUCUUUUGCAAGAGUGCACAUUCUUUAGAAUAGACCUCAAAACGUCGCGAAACUUCACAAGAUGUGAGGUUUCAAUCUUAUUGCUGAUGAGGCUCCGAUCUGUUCAGAAUAUUCCCCGGGGUUGUAAGCGUCAUUUAAGACCUAAAUUUCCUAUCAUUUCUUUACAUAACUGUGCUCGUCGCAUAGACGCGACCUGUAAUUAAUUCGCAUGACUUAACGGGCAACCACGUAUCAUUCUCGGGAGGGCUCUGUACCAAUAACAUUUUCCUAAUCUAAUACCUGAGCCUCUUCGCGAUUUCAGGAUAGUUAUACAGUCCGUGAACCUCGGCUCCUUGACCGUCGUUGUUGCCGCACAGGAGAAAAGGGAGUGCGUAGACUUCCGCCCCGGUUUUGCUCAUUAUAAUUAAAAUCGCGUGGAAUCCAUCAAUAUUCCAGGCUGAAAUUAGUGUUCUUUGUCGUUAUAAGCGAAGAGACGAGUCCAGGAAGCCGGCUUGAGGAAGAAGACGCGAUCGCUGGGAUAAGAGCGUUAUUUCGUAAACAGAUCUGAGGUCUUAUUUGUGACUGUCAGCCAUGUGCACGAAGUCUGUGCUGCAAACGUAGCGCAUACGACUGCGUUUCUCAGGGCUGUCCACCCUGUCGGCACCAUCUAGUUUAAAUCCCCGAUCUGUCUUUCCUGGUCUGUGUACGACCUUUCGAUAGUCUGUAAACCUCGGCGACAACAGUACGCUUAGAGUCGACCCUGCUCCUCGUUCAUCCUUAUUGCUGCAUAAGAAAAGAAGGAUUCCGUACAAUUCUGUCACAGUUUUGCUCGUAACAUUUCGUGAUCUGUCUAAUAAGAGAUCACGGACUGCAAAUUACAAUCUUUGUAACGUACGAACCGCCCACUCCUCGUCCACGAAAGCUUUACUGUGCUAAAGAAACGGCCAAGCUUCGAAAUACGAAGUAGUUUGCUUUGUAUAUUGUUAUUUAUUGACUAUUAAAUAAAUUAUUUUACGAAAAACCGCCAAAUCAACAACACAGAUCAAAAAGUUUCAAUUGCCUUUAAUUCAUCAAUGCGAUUAUUAAACAUCAGUGUUCCCUCUCGAGGACGAGUGACAAGUCCUCGUUUUCGAGGGUCGCGCUGUGGUUUGUAGACGAGCAAUAAUACUUCGCCACUGUUGUCGCUAAGUUCUUGCCAACCGCGGGGUUUAGGCGGAUGAUCCCACCUCGAGGACGUCAUUAUCAUUACUCAAGUGCAAGACAUCGCAAAAUCGAAAUCAGUCUGUGACCUCGGUUCAAAUGGACUGAUUGAAUCUAAUCGAUGUACCCUCAGCAAAUAAAUUCUGGUCUGCUUUCCAGAAUAUCCAGUGCAAACGCACUCACACACACACACUUUGAUAAGAACGGGUGAAAACCUCUUUAACUGUUACCAUUCUGCAGGAGUUGAACGACACGAUGGACGCAUAGUCACGAUGGAGUACCAGGGCGCGGGUGCCCCCCAAGAAACUCUCCUCCUAACUGGCAAAGGCAUCACAUUCGACAGCGGCGGCGCCAACAUAAAGAUCAAGAACUUCAUGCAGGGUAUGCACCGAGAUAAGUGUGGAGCUGCGGCGGUGGCUGGUUUCUUCAAGACCCUCAGCAUACUGAAGCCCAAUUCCCUCAAGGUGAUGGGCUUCAUGGCUUUCGUUCGUAACAGUCCAGGCGCAGACGCAUACAUUCCGGACGAAAUUCUCACCAGCCUUGCUGGUCGCCGUGUACGAGUCGUGAACACGGACGCCGAGGGUCGCGUGGUCCUAACCGAUAUGCUUUAUUAUGCGAAGGAGGCGGUACGUCUCUUCGUCUUCUUCCCAACUUCCCCACAUUUUACCACUACGCAUGUCAGUAAGCACACAGCCUUCGGGCAGGACGUCGACCAUAUACUCAUGUAUUUACAACUACGGUAGUCAGCAUAUUCAGUUUAUUUACGAAACUCGGUUGGUGUCUUCGAUAAACUGAGUAGGAGUUUGCAGUGGUAAAUCAAAAGGCAGGAAUUAAAAAUUACGGGGAGGCUCAUUAAAUAAUUCGAACGACGUCAAUUAAUGUAACAGAUAAUGUUACUAAAACUAUGUUAGUAACACAUAUGUAUCACAUUCAGUUGCAUCCACUGGGUGAAUUUACGAUAGCGUCCGCGACGUGGAUCAUCCACCGCGCACCAUACUUGUCACAUGAUCCAUUUAUCUAAACGGUAUGAGCAUCAAAUCUUGUCACAAAAAGACCUCGAGGACUCACAAGGUCACACUUUUCCGUUAAACUUUGAGAUAGUGGUUAAUUCAUUGAUAGGACCUAGUCAGUUGUGACCGUCAUCAUCUGUGUGGAGACUUAUGCAAAUCCCACAACACAGAUGAGAAAUGUGUACUCACAGUUUUAGAAAUCUGCAUUCUUCAUAAAGGAUGUUGAUGCCGAUGUCCCUCCCAUGCCGGGCAGCAAUGCUGAACGAGGUCGCCACUAAAAGCAUUCAUGCCUGACAUAUUUACACCAUCACUAAAUCAUGUUUUUCAUUUCCUACGCCGCAAUUUUAUUUGCUCGGGGACAAUUUCCGAGAUUUCUGAUAAAACGCACUUAAACGACCCUAACAUGCUAACUUUUGGAAAUUUUAGGCCCUCAACGAAACCAACCCACACAUCUUCUCAAUCGCCACCUUAACUGGACAUGCACGGGCGACCUAUCUUGUGUACUCAGUAGGUUUUCAACAAAAUUAUUACAAGCCCUCUCUGCAUGCGAAUGGCCAUUGUAACUUCAGACUGUAUCAGCAAUGAUUUGGUCUGCAGUUUUAUUGAAAAUCAGAUUAUAGAUUGUGCCUACUAAGAGUGGAUGAAUAGUACCAUAAAUGGCAGUAGCACAUAUAUGCAGAGUUCACUGCAGUUUUAAGCAUUCUUUCAGGUUAAACUGACUGUUGUAUGUUGAUUUGGAAGGGAGAAAUUAUACUAUAUUGUCUUUCAGUAAUUCAUGAAUUGAGGUCUACUGACAAUAUACUUCUCAGUUUCACACGACCAUAAGACGAAAACUGAUAUAUGCUAUUCUUCCUAUGUAUCAUGCGCCGCUGUGCGCCACUGGUUGGGCUCGAGAGAGAGCCCUAAAGGCGCGACGGAACGAGUGAGUUCCGUAUGAACGAUCGGCGAGCGCCUCCUACCAUCAUUAUAUAUAUAUAUAUAUAUAUUAUGAAUAUUAUAUAUUGCAUUACGAGAGCAAUCACCCGAUCUCUCACGAACGAAGUGCCGUGAACAGCCUCCUUAACCGAGCAAGAACCCACUGCUCUGACAACGUAACAUAUCAAACAGAACUGAAUUAUUUGUUCAAACUGUUUUACCAGAAUGGGUAUCCUAGAUAUUUUGUACACCGAUGCGUGCGACGAUAGGAGUUAAAAGAAAAAGAGAAGGAACUAGAUUGUUCCGAUCAGGCGCCCAAACCUAAAAACUGGCGAACACUUCUAUACAUUAAGAAUGUGUCCGAACUAGUUGAAGGACACCUGAGAAACCACCAGAUACAUGUGGCGCACAAGCCGACGACCACACUUCGCAACCAGCUUGUACACCCUUAAAGAUAGGGUUGGCUAUUUAGAUAAGAAGGAAGUCGCCUAUAAGAUACCAUGCAACACCUGUAAUGCGGUUUACUGUGGUCAAACCGGGAACUCGGCCUCUACACGAAUACACGAACAUCAGUUGGCCGUAAAAAGGCGAGACUACGUGUCCCAAGUUGCGAUGCAUACGUUGGAAACUGGACACAAAUUCGCCUGGGACAGGACCCGCAUUGUAGGUGUCUGCUCAUCUAAAAAAGGCCGUGAAUUUUUAGAGGCCAUCCAUUCUGAUAACGCAUGCAUCAAUCGACACGUAGAAUUGAAUAGGGUGUACAACAGCCUCAAGAAAAAAUGGAAAAGGCAUUAGCCAAUCAGAACAAUACACCAGCAGGAAUGGCAAGGUAAAAUCGAUUUGUUCGGCAUGUUUAAAUGCUGACUGUUUUGCACACUUACUUCACGUCUAAAGAGGACUUGGGGAACCAAGAUCGAAAGUUUACAAUAAAGCUUGUUAAUCUUUCCCAAAGAGCUUAUUUCUUUCGAAAUACUAUAUAUAUAUAUAUCCAUAUUUAUGACAGUGGGCGCUCGCCGAUCAGGUUAUGGAACAUGCUCGUUCCGUUGUGCCUUGGGGCUCAUACGAGAACCGUCGCAGGCAGUCGCACGGCGACUAGUAGUAGACAUAGAUGAGAUGAUACCGACAAAGACAAGGGAGACCGGAACGGCCAUUUCUGGCUUAUUAGUCGUCAUCAGCCAGUCAUACCCAAUCCCAAGUGUGGAUCACUUGAGAUUCGAACCCGGGAUCUUUGGUCAUGGAGUUUGACGCUCUACCAUUGAGCCACUGGCCCGUCGUCCUGUCGGUUGUGAUCGGGAAUAUUAAUUAUGAUAGUGGGCGCUCGCCGGUCAGGUUACGGAACAUGCUCGUUCCGUUGUGCCUUGGGGCUCAUACUAGAACCCUCGCAGGCAGUCGCACAGCGACCUGUAGUAGACAUAGAUGAGAUGAUAUCGACAAAGACAAGGGAGACCGGAAUGGCCAUAUAUAUAUAUAUAUCAAGCAAUAUGCGCGAAGAUCCGAGGUCCAGAUAUAUUACCGUGUAUAUCAUCCUCCGAGGAAGACGGAGAAGAGAAAGCGAUUUCAUGAACCAGGUUGUAUUCAGACUGACGUUUCGGAAACUCUCUCGUUUCCAUCACCGGAGUCGUUCGCUGGUGUUUCCUGCUGGCCUUGAUCUGUUCAGCCUUGCCGUCUGCCUCGCAUUAUAACCGUACCCAGCGCACGUUUGUUGACUAGCCUGCUUUCCGUUGGCUGAUUGUCGCCUCCCUGAUCUCAGCUAUUGGCGGACUGACGUGGCUUGUGUCCCCCUCACGCCUAAAGUGGUUGCCGCUGCGUCGGCGUGCUCGUUGGCCUCUCCCUCGUCAGAAGGCGGGCUGAUCGAUCGUUGUUCCUCAGGCGUUGUGUUUCCGGCCUCGCGUGUACGUCCGUGAGACGGUGUGCCACGCCAGUCACGUGACAUUCGGUUAGCGCCUUCUCCUCUUUCCGCGAUCGUCGGCGGUCGACCCCGUGUGACUCUUUUCAUCCGUGCCAUCGGCCCUGCCUGGAAUGACUCGAGUCUUGCGCGGAGGGCCUGGUAGGCUGGAUGUAUGUCUAAGGCCCGGUUGAGUGUGCCAGUCGAGGACCAACUUUCCAGCAUUAGUCUGGCCAUUUUAUCAUUGGCUCGGCCGAUCACACUCGCUUUCUCGAAGGCGAAACUAUGAUUCCGCUCUAGUGUGUGGCCAUACACCAACGACAGCUUAUCUUUGCGAUUGACUGCUAGCUGGUGCUCGUGCAAUCUUGUGCCGAGGCGUUUUCCCGGUUCACCAACAUACCUGGCAUCACAAUCUUGGCAUGGUUUUCUGUAGACCACCGCUGAUUGUUUUGUCACCGGGAGCGAGUCUUUGGGCCUCAUGAUUUGCUGUCUGAUUGUUGAUGCUGGUUUAUGGGACACACCAAUUCCAAAAGGUUUCAGAAUUCUUGAAGUUGCCUCUGAAACGUUUUUCACAUAGGGGAUCGAGAGCCAGAGCUUCGGUUUCUCCUCGUUCGACCGCCCCGAGUGGGACUUCCUGAGACAGUUGCGUAUGAACGACUUCGGGUAAACGUUGGCUUCAAUUAGGGCACGUAAAUACUUCACUUCCUUCUUCCUGUCAUCGUCGUUGCUGCAAUGAGUUUGGGCGCGUUGGAAAAGGAUCCUGACAUAACUGUGUUUGUGGCCGACGGGGUGGUUGCUUCUGAAGUGGAGGAUGCGCCCAGUGCUAGUCGCCUUUAUAUUCCCGUCUGUCAGUUUCGUAACUUGUACGUCUAGGAAAGGCAAUCGACUGUCGGCCUCUUCUUCUAUAGUGAACUGUAUGUCGGGAAAUAUCAAGGUGCACUCGACUGGUACACUCAACCGAGCUAUAGAUCUACAUCCCGCCUACCAGGCACUGCGUACAGGGCUCGGAUCAGUCCGGACAGGACCAGUAAGGCAAGCGAGCACGCGGGACCGAGAGUCAACGCUCACGGAAAAGAGCGGAAUUGGGAGCCAGAGGUCAUGUGACCAAAGCCGAAUACUGUCUCACCGAUGCGCCCGCGAAGCUGAAUGCUGCUCACCUGAACAGCAACGACCGAUCAGUCCACCGGCUGACGUGGGAGGGGCCAAGCGGCACGUUGAUUUGACCACAAUUACGCCGACCCCAAAGGGAACAAAGGUCACGCAGGCCCGUCAGCGGUCAACUCCGGGGAGGUCUAAGCCAGUCAGCGGCAAACAGGCAGGUCAAAGUUCUUGCGUCCAGCACGGCUAUAAUACAAGGCAAGCGGCAAGACUGAACAACUAAAGACCGACAAGUGCAACAAUUACGCUAAUCUGAUGAUAGAAACGAGGAAGUUUCCGAACCUUCAGUUCGAAUACAAUACGGUCCAUGGAUUCGCCCUCUCUUCUUCUUCGUCUUCUUCAGAAGAUGAUGAACGCGAGAUAUAUAUAUAUAUAUAUAUUACUGUCAAGGGUUAAUAGAAACUGGUCUUCUAGCACAUCAGCGUUACGAGGGAUGGAUGUACCAGCCAUGUAAAAAUUAUUUAAAUCCGCAAUAAUACUUUUCUAAAAACAAAUAUUAUUUAGAGACUCCAAACACUUCGGUGGCAUACGCGGAUGAAAUAUAUUUCCGCACGACUACAAAAUCCCCCACUUACGUUCCAGGACACUAUUUAUUGGGGUGCUUCUUCGGGUAAAUACGCCAUGACUGUGAUUUUUGCCAACACGCUUGCCUUGUUGAUGAAAAGCCUUAGGACCAUGCAAAGUGCUUACUAUUUUUUUUAAAGACGGUGCCCCUUCUUUCGGCUGUGGUUUCUGUGAAUUACCUUUUUGUGGAUCGUUGGUGGAAUAGUUAACCUGGUUCAUGACUCGGAGGGUGAUGGAAAAAAAUAUUUGUCAGCGCCCUGCCAGCAACAUCUUAAUCUUGCCGUCUUCUCAGUUCUUCCCUGUCAACUUUCUUAUCGUCAUCGAUUAUGUCGCAUUAGAGGGCAUCCUCGAUGAUUGGUGAUACAGAUCCCGGUAAGGAUAGGUUCUUGCCAGGCUGGGCUGUUUAACUGUCCAUAACUAGUUACUGUAUGGUUUUUCAGUAGGCCUUGUUUUAUUUAUUCCUUCAAAAGCACACGACAUCCGCACAUAUGCGUUACCUAGCACAUUGAUGCCACCACAUUCGCAGACUCGCCCCAAUUAUGAUCAACAGGUGAUCGAGGCACGCGAGGGUGAAAUGGGCCACUUUAUAAAGGAUGCAGAAUGCGACGGCUAGCGAUCUUCAAGACCUCUUUGACUGAAAACUAAAUACAACUGGGAUUCAAAUAGUAUAUUCAAAUGGAAACAUGCCGCGGAAUAGAUCUCAAUUUGAUAUCAGAACGUAUUUUUCCAACCCAGGUGACUAUGGCUUCUCCAUAAGUCUCCAAUUUCACCUAUAAACGAGGACGGGUUUUGGUAUAGACAAGUAUUUGUUUCUGUUCGAUUGUAAUCACAGUAGUGGUUAGGAAAUUUAGCAUUCGGAAGUCCGUAACACGAAGUGAGGCUGUUUGAGAACUGGUUUUCCUUUAAUUUAACAAGCAGAAGUCAAUUAUUCGUCUGUGUCUCCACACCAAUCUUUUCUGCGGAAGUGUUAUAUCUGCUGUCAAUCUAAAAAUGACCUCAGCGACUCACCAGUCUGUCUUCUGCCGUUUAGCGAAUUCGUUAAGCGACACCCCCCUUCUCUGGAGGUCUCAUGGUAUAAGAUAAGUAAUAGUGACCAAUUUUUCGGGCAAAGAUCUUCAAUGCAUUGAUGAACUUUUAAUUAGGCCAUUAUGGACAAUGGACCCGCACGACGAAAGAAAACGGCCGCGUCAAUUCAAAAGGCUGGCGAUCGGAUUUCUGACAUGAUGGAGGUUAGUUUGUCUGCCGCUGCUUUACAUCUUUGCAUUGGCUGUUUUUCCCAUUGUAGAAGACUUAAUCACUUCAGCCGUAAUCAAUAUAUGCCCUUUAGAAUUCAUUUUGACUAGCACUCAUUGAGACAGUCUCAGAUAUGUGUCAUUUGGACAACUGAAUACACCGGAAUUUACAUCGUCGGUGUAUAAAAACUCGUAGACCUCGGCGCAUGCGAAAGAUGAGCUUUAACUCCCUCGGAUCUAGGCAAUCAUCAUGCUCUUUUAGGAGUUUAAGAGUGAGCUACAGCUGCCAGAAACUCCCAAGUAUUUGACAGAACGCAACGUCGGUCGUCAGCGCUGAAUGCUCCCAAAUUCUCAAGAAACCGCCUCCGCGUCUUUCGUACGAGAAAGAAUGCUAAUUACUCGACAACAGUUCGACCGUCCUGACCGAUUAUAUUCACCGUAUGCUCCACAGUAGGCGGAAAGCAGGUGCGGAGAUUUGCGCGCGAACUAGUUUGUAGUGUUAGUGGACUUGCACAGCAUCCACCUCACUCGCUCUCUUCCCCACCUGGGCCCAGUGGCAAGACGACGUCAAGACCGAAGGUGAGAGACAGCGCAGAUGGCUGGUACGACAAAACCCCGCAUCUAGACAUACCACCACACACCCUGGUCCAGAACGAACAAUGACCAGAAUUUUAUACACCAAGAGAAAUGGGGGGAGGCGACACGUUUCUCGAUAGGCGUCGCAUGAGCCUGCAACUGGGCGCACCGCUGAAGCCCCCCCCUCACAUGUUGACAUGUUUUAUGCGUUCGCAUUCAUGAUAGCACCUGCUGAACUCUAAUCUGGCCACCGUGUUGGUCCAUCGCCAACAUGUGGACAGUUUUAGGGGCAGAAUUAUUAACUCACUCAGCAUGACUGGCAGUGGUCGAGCAUCUGCUUACGUUGUCAUGUCACUGUUGUAAAAGUGGUGGACCUCUCGUCAGAACACGCUUAAACCGAUGUCAGAUGAAUUCGUGCUCUAUGUCUGUAAAUUAUCUUACAAACUAGGUGUUCGAUAACUUAUUCUCCUCCACAGUAUCCUGAGGGCUUAGGCCACUGUUAGCGAAAUGGUCAUGGAGAGUAGGGAUGUAACUUUUUUCAUGUCGUCUUCUAUUCGCUGACAUUUAGAUAUCGACAAUUAGGAGGGAGGACUAUGACAUCACGAAUGGUCAAUCGGAGUACGAGGACUUGAUGCAGUCUUUCCACCGGAAUCCUUCAGAGCAUGCUCGAGGACACCAAUUUCCAGCAGCCUACCUUAUCCGAGCCAGUGGACUGGACGAAGUGAGUUGUCAUCUGCCUUUCCGCUGUAGACGCUAAGCGUCCAGCUCUCUCUGUCCGACUGGGAUGUCUCGGUUCUCAGGAGGAUUAGCUAGUGGAUGUGAACAGCAUUGACGUGGUUAAGUUGCAGCAUCCAUCUUGACGUCGGAUGACUUUGAGUUGGCUGGAGCUGAGCUCUAUAGCCUGCAGCGACGGGUUUGUGAAUAUGCUACCGGCAAUUUGCGUGUUUAUCCGGGUGGGAGUGAACAAUGACCUCUGAACGGCCUCUCUACAAACUGCGAGAGAAGUGAGCAAUAGGGUUCAGCCAAGCAAAUCCGAUCCCUCCAGACAGCGUUAUAAAUCCCGCAUCUUGAUUUUGACAUCCUGUUAGACGGCCGACCUUAGUGUCUGGUAGAUACCGCACGCGAAUUGUCGCUGGCUGUUACUACCAACACCUGCGUUGGGUUAGGGAUGGCGCCCCCCGAACACAUCAGCCGCUCGAGAGGACUAGGUGUGGUGUGGCCAACCAAUCUUGAGCAGUUUUCAAGGAUUCUUGUAGAAUCCACUCCGUGCUUCAACUACUGCAUUAAGCCUUCAAUAUAAACUAUAUUAAAACCAAAACGCACCAGAUUAUCCCCUAGAAAAUUGUCUUCGCUAUGACGAUACAUUUGGAAGCACUGAAUAGCCCUGGUAGCCCUGAUGUUGGAGACCACAAAAUUUGAUAGUCGUGGAUUCUUGGGAGAAGCCCGGGAUAUUUUGCAGGAUGUCUGAGGUUUAGGCAAUCGGCAGAGAGGGUCCUUCAGACGCAGUGUUACUGUGGCAGACAAAGGAGGCAUUUGUGAUCAUUUAGAGGGCCAAGGGCAAAACCUCGGUCAGUAGUUUGUCCUGCAAUUGGGAUUUAACUUCAAACCUCACGGUCGUGUACCCUCAAGAAUCCUCGAUCGUAGCGGGCGGGAGUGGGAGAUCGUGGUCCAAUGAAAGAGCAGUUGGCUCGUCAACGGAAGAGUCCUGAUUCGGAGUCUGAGUCCACCCAGACUGUGUUUGGGACUUGGAAGACUAAGUCUCUGCAAAACAAACUUUAGACCCGGCAGAAGAGAUGUCUACAAAAUAGGACGCCUCAGAACUUUCUUUUGCGUCUUACAAUUAUUUUGUCCCUUAAUUACGUCCUUCUUACUUUGCAGCACGGCCUAAACUCUCCGCGGCCGAUUCCCUACACCCAUGUCGACAUAUGUCCCGCCAGAGGCAGGGAUACUGAGCCCCCAACGGGUGUUCCAAUCAUGGCAUUCACAGUGCGAUACGUACUACCCCGACUAGGAGUAACGGAAGAAGCUGCAACCUGCACCUGCCUCGCCUAA